AGAGGAAGUGGAAUUAUUGCUAUAGUGAUUUAGCGCGGCGGUGAGUGAGUGUGUUGUUGUUGUGUAAAAGAUGAAUAAAAUGGAGAGUUUAAACUCUUUCUUUAUAGAGAGGUUAAUGAGUGUGGCCGGGGAGAUAUGUGCCGCGGUUAAAGAGGCGGUGUGUGAGUAUCAGGAGGAGGUGGAGAGAACUAAACAGGAGAACCAGCGGCUGAAGGAGAUUCUGACUGAGAUCACCGUCUGUAUCAACACCCAGGCUCAGAGAGCCGCAGAUCUACAGCUACCUCGUGCUGAUGGAGAUCCUCCAGAGCAGAACUCAGACCAAAGACCACUGGACUCACAUCUGUCAGAAUUACAGCUGAACCUGGAACUUUCCACCACUGAGCAAGACCCUGAUCCACGGCCACCAUUGAAUAAUGUAUCUGCAAGCAGCUCUGCCUUUGUUCAUGGUCCAGAUCCAGCCAGUCAAGCUGUUCGUCAGGAGUUCCAAAACUUCAGCCAGGAGCCACUGGACACAAAUCCCCCAAUUAUACAAGUAAAAGAGGAGCUUCCAUGCUCUCUCAGAAUAAUGCAUCAGAAUACUGAAGCCCACAAACCAUUGAACAACCCACUAUCCCCAUCAUCCUCUCCCUCUGCAGCAGCAGUAUAUAAUGAGGAACCUCCUCAGCAUCCUUUCAGAGACAUUGUGAAGGAAGAAAUCGGUGCUGAAGGUCCACAUACCUCUGAAUCUACAAUCAAAUUGGAACCGUGGGACUCGCAGGGUGUCUGCUCUGAUAACGGAACCGUAGUACAAACCGAAAAUCUAUCAGAGAACCAUCUGGAAGCUUUAAGGGAAGGUCCCGACAGCAUCCCUUCUCUUCAGUAUACAGUUCAAUCUGAUAAUGUUCCUCAGAGCCAGAGCCCUGCAGGUCUUUUCUGCUGCAGGUACUGUCGAAAAUCCUUCAAAAGUCGUGGGCAGCUGAAGCAGCACAUGGUCGUGCAUCAGAAGUACAGGCCUUACCGCUGCGACGUGUGUGGAAAGUCCUACAGUUACGCACAAGUGCUGGAGAUCCACUACAGGACCCACACUGGAGAGAGACCGUACAACUGUCGCUUCUGUGGCCGGUCCUUCAGACAGAGAAGUCACCUGACUGACCACGAAAGAAUUCAUACCGGGGAAAAGCCAUAUAGCUGUACAGUUUGUGGAAAGCGUUUCAUCCAGUCGAGUCAGGUUAAGAAGCACUUUCGCAACCUUCAUCAACGGACUGUAUAUCAGAAGUAACUACUGAAUCGCUGCUGAAGGACAUUUAAUAGGUGUUACAUGUUUUGUGUCUGCAUUUAAUGUAGGGAUGCACCAAUGUUGGGAAUUCGAUGAUGAUACUGUAUAUUGACAUUUGUUACUUGCAGAAAGUAAAGACACCCUGGUUUAACUUUAAAAUUAAUUAAAACUGAACGAAACGGACAAAAUUUAUAUCACCAUAUAAUCCUUCAUUUCGGUCGAUAUGAUAUUCCAAUAUUGAAAUAAACAUUAUAGCCUCUGCCCUUGGUGUGCACAAUGACAUGCUUUUGGGGUUGGGUGAUAUUGUAAAAAAAAAAAAAAAAUCAUACUAUUUAAAGACAUUUUCAGGAUAAAAUUAUUGGUUUAAUUUUUUUGGGCCACAAAGGCCGAUUCUGAUGAUUCUAUAAAAAGCAGUUAUCGGCCAAUUGCGAUAUAAUUCCAAUAUCACAUCGACUCCUGUUUAAUGCUAAAGCUCUUUGUUAAACUUUUACUCAGCACAUGACAAGAUUCUAAUUUAAAAAUCACUGAAAGAGUUCUGAAAUAUUAUAACGUAAAAACAAAAUUCGCUCUAGUGUUUUUCCAGGCAUUCCACACUGCACAUUUUAUUUCUGUCUCCCUCUUAUUAGAAAUUCUGCCUUCAGGAGUCAGGAGGCUGGAUGUUCAGAUUUGUGCAGCUUUAUUCUUGUGCAGACAGAAAAUCAUGCUUGUUGUUCAACAGUGCCUGCAUUCGUCUCUCUGUCCCCCUGUCUGACUGUCUAAGAUGUUUCGGGAGGGCCUUACACACAUAUUGGAAACAGCUUUAGGGGUAUGUGGGGGGUAAAGUGAGACACUUUGGGUAUUAUCUCUGAGGGGCCUUGAUGGUCGUCACCUUGGUUGGGAUUUCAAAGGAUCAUAUCAACGACUUAUAAAUAAGGUGGGGGCAAUGUCGGCUCCCUGCAGAGGCAGAGACCAUCAACUCUCUUCAGGUGGUUGAGGGUUGUAAUGUUUAAUUGUAAGGGUAAAAGGGGGUUACAGAGUGGCUCAAUUAGCAUAGCAGAAGGGCAUUCUACAAGAGACUGUUGAAAACCUAUAGAAAGCACAAUUUGUUGUAGACAGAAUCUCUCACUCCUAAAAAUACAGGGGCAUACCAACAGCUCCAGGAUUUAAUUAGAGCAGCGUAACAGUCACAUUUCUUCAUCAUUUCUGUCUUAUCUGUUAGUUUAUUAAUUGAUCCAGAAUGCAAACAAAAAAAAUGUUCAUUUGUAAAAUGUGUUUAUUUGUUAUUAAAGGUUAAACAUUG